CAUGCUGCAGAGGCUGAAGUGACACCAGGGAGAGAGAGCAAAUAAUACACAGUCAGUCAGCUGCUAAAGCAGAGGUCUGGAGGAGGAAUAGCUCUCCUCACUUUCCCUUCCUUUGAAGUGCCAUUCUGUCAGGCAGAGGAGCAUCACUCCACGGGAAAACAUGACACAGGGAAAGCUCUCUGUGAAUAACAAGCCUGCAAACUCUGAAGGGCAACAGGGAGAUGCAGAAAAAAAGGACGACACAACUGUCCCAUCAGCACCUCCAACCUACGAAGAGGCAACUUCAGCAGAAGGGUUGAAAACCAGAACAUUCCCUCCCCCUCUGAAUGCUCCUCUCCAUCCUGCAUGGGCUUAUGUGGAUCCCAGUACCAGUCCUAACUAUGGGAGUGGAUACUCAGGGGACACUGAAACACUCACAACUUUCAGCUGGGAUGACCGCAGCGUGCGCAGGGUGUUCAUCAGGAAGGUUUACAGCAUCCUUUUGCUUCAGCUUCUUGUUACAGUCAGCAUUGUGGCUCUCUUCACCUUCUGUGAACCAGUCAAAGGAUACAUCCAGGCAAAUCCAGCCUGGUACUGGGCUUCCUAUGCUGUUUUCUUUAUUACCUACUUGAUCCUGGCUUGCUGCUCUGGACCCAGGAGGUACUUCCCAUGGAAUCUGAUCCUCCUGAGCAUCUUUACUCUGUCCAUGGCCUAUCUGACUGGGAUGCUGUCCAGCUACUACAACACCAAGUCAGUCCUCCUCUGCUUGGGGAUCACAGCCCUGGUCUGCCUCUCCGUCACCAUGUUCAGUUUCCAGACCAAGUAUGACUUCACCUCUUGCCAGGGAGUGCUGUUUGUGAUGCUGAUGGUGCUGUUUUUUAGCGGGAUCAUCCUGGCUAUUAUGCUUCCUUUCAAAUACGUGCCGUGGCUCCAGGCCAUUUAUGCUGUGCUGGGUGCAAUUGUAUUUACUAUGUUUCUGGCCUUUGACACACAGCUCCUGAUGGGAAACCGCCGCUAUGCCAUGAGCCCGGAGGAAUACAUCUUUGGAGCCCUCAACAUCUAUCUGGACAUCAUCUACAUAUUCUCCUUUUUCCUACAGAUCUUUGGGUCCAGCCGAGAGUGAGCUUGGCAAGCUCUUAGGUCCUGUGUGGGAUAAAACAGAAUAUAUCUAUCUGAUGACCCAACAACCAGGAAAGGAGAGAGGAAGAAUCAGCUAACCUCUCUAGCCCUUUAGCAAGCUCCAUUCCAUCCAUCAGAUGGGUGCCUACCCACCCAUUGGCCUUCUUGAGCUCCUUCUACAGGCUGUACAUAUAUAUAUGUAUAUAUAUAUGCGCGCUUAAACCUUUUAUGACUCAAAAAGCAAACUGGGGUGUAAAUAUACUAGGCCCUCCCUUGCUCCCACAACUGUAUUCAAGCUGUAAAUGGAACUUGGAGUUGUAGUACUAGAAUGAACACGGGAGGAGAAGGGGGCAUCCCAUGGUUGCUUUCAGCUGAAACAAAGCAACCAGAAUUGAAACAUGGCCUUAUCGAGGGUGUCACGCAAGGAGCAAUUUGUGACGUUUUACAGAAUGGUUUUUUGUGUGUGUGGUGUUCUCAAUGCAAACUGUUGCAAGCCUCUAAAUCCAAGUUCUGGCACAAAGUCAAGGCCAAUCUGUUUUUAACUUGUACCUGCUUUUUGCCCCAAGGAGCUUAGAGCAGCAUUUUUUUUAGGGUUCCCAGGUAGUCUCCUAUCCAAGCAGUUUACAAGGUCCACUUUGCUUCACUUCAGUGGUAAAACCUAGCUGUGUGCCCUCAUGUUCACUAGGAAGACUUAGGCUGAAAUCAUUCUGCCUGGUUUUGAGUUUUAACUUGCCAAUUUGAAGUAGGGGGUAUCUGUCAAAUUUCAGCUGUUCUGCAAAUUUUUGUUUAAGCUCUAAUUCCAGCACAGUAAGAGAAGGAGGGUGAACAUCCACAAGAAAUUGUCAUUGUGGCCCUGCUGAAAUAGGGAUGGUCCUGGAGCAGUGACUGUGCCCCAGCCACUGAUUCAGAGCAAACAUUUGUUUGUCCACUGCCAGGUUUGGGGUUAUGGGAUAGUUCCUUUUGCUGUCACUUUAACACUCCCCUCCCUUGCACCAAUGACCAUCUGUCUCACCAUCCCUUUUUUGGGACAUUGAUGACAUUACUCAUGAGACUUCUUCCCAGGAGUUAAUCAGGGCUUGAAAGGAGGCAAGGCACAGAUAUAUAGUGCAAUACUUUCUUCUUUUGUAUACCUAACUAAGCAAGGCUGGCUUUCAGAGAGCCAGUUCAGAUUUGGAGAGGGUAGCUGCAGCUUUUCUAAUUGUGUAUAAUUUAUUUCAAAGAGUUUUGCCAAUCUUUACAGACAGAUACACACACACACACACACACACACACAUCUGAGUAGUGAAUAAUUUAUAAGAGAUUCCAAUUAGAGUAUUCAGAUCACUUUUGCAUUAUGACAUUAUCAUCUUAGAAAUAGUGUGUUCACGAAUGGGAGCCCUGUGUCUCCCAUAAGUCUCAUCUAUAGGUGGUGUUCUCCAAGAGUUAUAACCCUGAUCACCUUGGCUUAUCACAAAUGGUUUGGCAACCUUCUCUUGCGAAGCUCUCCAGUGGUUAUCUACGUCACCUAGCCAUCUAGGCCAGAACAGCUGCCUAAAUUAAACAUAGUUCCACAUUGGAGUUUGAAGCCAUCCUGCAUGCAGUCCCUCAGUUGCUCAAAGUAGAUGGGUGAUAGGAAAAGUGCUGAGGUUGGGGCUAGGGAUGGGAUAGGUCGGUCAGUGCCGGUUCGAAAGCAUUCCAACUACCUAACAGGCUGGUAUCGAUUGGAGUUCGUUCUUUGUCUGCAAGCUGCUGCUUUUACUGAUCCAGGAUUUCUCCCCUCAGAAAAAAUAUAUUAAUAUUGAUAUUUUAAAGGAAAUUCAAUAUUUUGAAUGAAACGUUGACAAAUUCAAAUAUCGAUAAAUUGAAGGAAAUCCUGAUAAAAAUAUUGAUAUUAAUAUGAAUAUUUUAGAUGCGGAUUUUUGUGUGUGGAAAAAAUCCAUUUCCAAUAAUAGCUGCAGAAAAUCACUAGAUAAAAAUCUGAUCCUCAAUGAUAGCAAAUAAGCAAAUUAAUGGAAAAUUCUGUAAAAAAAAUCUGAAUUGGGCAAAAUUCUAGCACAUCCCUAGUUGGGGUCAAGGGUUCCAGGAUGAAAAAGCUUGACAAGGAAUGUUAAUAACUUAUCCCAAAUUGACCAAGGCAAUGAGGCCAUCUCUAACCUUAGUGCAAACCAUAUAUUUGUUAAUCAGGUGACGACAGCACGCAAUCAUCCUGGGCAAACUGCAGUGUUUACUGCACCCUCUGCAUAUAUAACCAUUGACACAAUUGCAAUGUUGGUAUUUGCACUCGGUUCAGUUGUGUGAUCUGAUGAACCUCAGUAUCAUUAUCUGUGCAUUCAUGGCAUUGGUACCUUUCUGACCCUGAAUUUAUGUGUGGGUGUCAACCUGCACUCUUUAUUUGGCUAUCCCCAACCUGGUGCCAUCCAGAGGUUUUGGAAUACGACUCCCAUCAGCCCCUGCCAGCCUGAACAACUAUGCUCGUUAGGGCUGAUGGGAGUUGUAGGCCAAAACAUCUGAAGAUGGGAGUUGUAGGCCAAAACAUCUGAAGAUGGGAGUUGUAGGCCAAAACAUCUGAACGGCACCAGGUUGGAGAAGGACAGAUUAGACCGAGAUGACGACAGUUCACUCAAGGCCACCCAGGGAGUUUCACAGCCGAGAAAGGUCUCUAAACUUAGGUCUCCAAGGUGCAAAUCCAGCACUUUGUCCAUUGUACCAGACCUAAUCUGUAGAUAGCGAUAAUAUCACAUGAUGCAUUGUGCAUUUAUCUCUUUAUUGGCUUGUGGUGCUGAUAUUCUGCUUUUGUUCCUAUAAGCUCAGAGCACCUUACAAGGGGCUCCCAGGGAAUCUCUCAUCCAGGCAUUGACCAGGCUGAGACCUACGUGGCUUUAUACGUCCCCAGAUGUCCCAGGGUGAUUUAUUUCCUUACAGCAACGGCACAGUCACCAGUUUAGAUAGAUCGUCCCCACUCUAAGACUGGCUGCGUUGCUGCAGUCCAUCUGUUCCUUACACUAGGCGGGACGUAUAAAGGGGCUCCAGCCCACUCAGGCCUGCAUGGCUUUAAAAAGCUGAUUGUGUGACCAAGGAGAUCUCUUGUCUUCACCGUUUCCAUGGGGAGCUUCUUUGCACACUGGCAGUGGAAGCACCUCAGUGCAAUCUGCUUUCCCCACUGGAAAUGUCACCAUGUCCCCGGUUGGUGCACUUCCUUUCUGAACCAGAAGCCUAGGAAACCACCGGGUGGAGACACCAGAGUCAAGUGGUCAGCAACUGACAGCCACCCCACGUACCCCCACUAGGCCAUGUCUGCCCUCUCCUGAAUCUCACUUUCAGUUGUCAAUCCAGAGGUGUCCAAAGAGGAGUUUAAAGGGGCUGCAGGCAGCAGGGCACGAAUCUUGACCAACUGGGGUCAGGGUCUUUUUCCAUCACCCUCUUCUCAAACUGGCCCUUUGGGGAGACAAAUACUAGUUAUGGCCAGUGUUCAUGAGAGGUCUUUAUUGGCUCAGCAGCAAUCACGUUUCCAGAGAGCGUGAUCCCAGCCUGGAAGGGGCAGACAGAUUGUCUCCCAUCCCCUGCCACCGCCACCUCCCUUUGCAUGUCCCCAGGCUACAGCCUGAAUGAACUCAAGAGUGCACCCGAGUAUCUUUCCAUCAUUCUGCAUGUGGUGUUAGCGUUGCCCAUUUGGAAACCAACCAGCUAUUUUCUAAUGGCAGGCCUGGGGCUGAGAUAGCCUCUAACUCUUAUUUAAAAGGCAAUCCUACCACCCGAUAGGGGCAGCUUAUCUGAAAUCUACCUGGGAAUGCUGAGGAGUAUGCGUCACGCCGUUGCCCAUGGCAUUUCUGAGCAGGGAAGAAAGGGGAGGGGAUCUGAGCAGGCCAGUGCCAAGCCGUGUGUGCCUGCACAUCCUUCUCCUCCUCCUCCUGCUGCUGCUACUGUCUCCUCCUCUAGCACUCACAUGUUUCCAUCGUCAUUGCACACGGGUUCAGUUUACCAGCUGGUGGUGCCCCUGAGCUAACAAGAGGAAAGUUACUGUGCACAUGUGGAGGAACAGUGGUCUGCGCAAAGCAGCUGCCUGCCGGCCUGCUUGCUUGUUUCUCCUUGCUUUUCUAUCAGAUGAGUUCUGCUCUCCCAACGGCUUCGUUUACGUAAUGAAUGCUCUGGUUUCAUACCCAGGUUGUAAUGUAGACGAGAGCCACGCGCCUUCUGUAAGAGUGGACAGAAAGGAGAUGGAGGGAUGCCAGUGGAGAAAAGCAAAUGGGCACAAUAAUCAGAUAUGCAAUGCCAGCCUGUUUGUCUUUCUUCUGUAACUAGCAAAUGUGAAUG